GUCUACCGAGAGCGGUUUCCGGACGUGGUGGAGUGAGGCAAAGCCCGGGGACCAGCCACAGCAUGGGUGGUUCUUGGAGGUGUUUCUCCCGACGGCCGAUCGGUUCGAGACUGUGUUUUCGACGGCCGUGCCUGAGGGUGCGGCACACAUGAGAGACAGCGUUAGCGGCCCCAUCAAGGAGCAUGUCUAUUGGGGGAGCAUGCGAGAUCGCCUGCCCGUAUCCCAGACAGAUGAACUUCUCGGAGACCCAGGAGAAGAAAGCAAGCAGAAAACCAAUGGAUCAACGUCACAGAACGGCAAGCCCCAUCUGCCGGAGAGGGUCCGCGUACAAGGCAAGAAAAACCUCACCGUCAUCCGCUCCGGACAGGACUGGUCCACAGCGCUCCCCGAAGAGCGGCAAAUCUACCUUGACGCGAUGCAGCCGCCACUGGUCAGAGGAAUGGAAUACCUUCGCGACCAUGGUGACGAGGCCGGCUGCUUCAGCUGCCGCUUCAUGGAGAUCGUCGACCCCGUGACGGCCAAGGGCGGGCAUGAUCGGACUUUCGGGCUGGCGUACUUUGAUAAUCUCGCCUCGCUGGAGCGUUGGAGUAAAGAGCACAGAACGCACCUAGCCAUCUUCGCCGAGUUCGCAAAGUAUGCCAAGAGAUUGGGGGAUCAAAUGUCCUUGGCAUUAUUUCAUGAGGUUCUGGUUCUGGAGCCUGAGCAGCAGGUCUUUGAGUACAUUGGGUGUCAUGAUGGGACGGGGAUGCUGAGUUCUUUGUAGUGAU